UAACGGUCAGUAAUUGAUGAUCCAUAAUCAACCAAGAACUUUGAUCAGUGAGUGAGCCAGAGUGAUACGUUAGCUGAUAAUAUAUUAAGGUCAAACCUUCUUUCCAUGAUUUGUUUUCGAGGAAUCAGAAAUGGAGAAAAGUGAAGAAAAUGGAAGCACAGAUGAGAAGCAAAGAGGAUCCAUUUGUGGGUAUAAUUCACUUCAACACCUCUUGAGCGAAAAUCUCAACCCUCAACUCUACCAGGAAGUCAGCCGAUUGCUUCUGGGGAUGAAUUGCGGUAAAGCACUUGAAACCAUUGUUAUACCUGAAUCGGCUAAAGCCCUCUCUUCAAAACAUGAUUUUGACCUUCAGGCUUUCGAAUUUUCUGCUGACAAAGAGUUGCUAAGGGAACCCCGGGUAGUAAGGGUCGGUCUUAUUCAGAACUCCAUUGCUCUUCCAACCACUGCUCCCUUUUCAGACCAGAAAAAGGCUCUCUUUGAGAAAUUGGGACCAAUAAUUGAUGCUGCAGGUGCUUCAGGAGUCAACAUACUAUGCUUGCAGGAAGCAUGGAUGAUGCCAUUUGCCUUCUGUACUCGGGAAAAGAGAUGGUGCGAACUUGCAGAGCCUGUUAACGGGGAAUCUACACAAUUUCUUCAGGAAUUUGCCCGCAAGUAUAAUAUGGUCAUUGUAAGCCCAAUUCUUGAGAGGGAUAUAAAUCAUGGAGAGACUCUCUGGAAUACUGCUGUUAUAAUUGGAAAUAAUGGUAACAUAAUAGGCAAGCAUCGUAAGAACCAUAUUCCUAGAGUUGGGGACUUCAAUGAGAGCACAUAUUAUAUGGAAGGAAAUACCGGGCAUCCUGUAUUUGAGACUGCUUAUGGGAAGAUUGCUGUUAAUAUUUGUUAUGGAAGGCACCAUCCUUUGAAUUGGCUAGCAUUUGGUUUGAAUGGUGCUGAGAUUGUUUUCAACCCAUCAGCCACAGUUGGUGAACUUAGUGAACCGCUGUGGCCCAUAGAGGCACGCAAUGCUGCAAUAGCAAAUAGUUACUUUGUCGGCUCGAUCAAUCGUGUAGGGACUGAGAUUUUCCCCAACCCUUUCACUUCAGGAGAUGGAAAGCCACAACAUUCAGAUUUUGGGCACUUCUAUGGAUCUAGUCAUUUUUCAGCACCAGAUGCAUCCUGCACCCCAUCACUCUCCCGUUUUAAGGACGGACUGGUGAUCUCAGACAUGGAUAUUAACCUUUGUAGGCAAAUGAAAGACAAAUGGGGGUUCCGGAUGACUGCGAGAUAUGAGCUAUAUGCAGAUAUGUUUGGCCGUUAUUUGAAACCAGACUUUGAACCCCAAGUCAUCACUGAUCCCUUGUUGCAUAAGAAGUCUUCUUAAGUUCCAGGUACUUGUUUCAGCUCAAUAUAUGAAGAUAAAAAUGAAAACUGUAUU